AUGGUGAAGAACAAUAUCCCUGCCUACGUCCUCGGUGUAGGACUCACGAAGUUCAUCAAGCCGCGGAAGGAGCGCGCCUAUCCGGAGAUGGGAUAUGAGGCAGGUGUCAAAGCGAUGUUGGAUGCACAGAUCAACUACGAUGAUGUUGAGACUGGUGUGGCAUGUUACUGCUACGGCGACACGACAAGUGGGCAGCGAAUCUUCUAUCAGUUUGGAAUGAGCACCAUCCCCAUAUACAACACAAACAAUGCGUGUGCGACCGGGUCUACCGGACUUCACCUCGCUCGCACUCUCAUCAAGAAUGGUGCCAUCGACUGCGCCCUCGUCAUCGGCUUCGAGCAAAUGCAGCCAGGUUCCAUCAAGUCUGUAUGGUCUGAUAGACCUUCACCUAUGGGCUUGUCGAUGAAGAUGAUGAACGAUACCCGCGGCAUCACUAAUUCUCCGCCCAACGCACAGUACUUCGCCAACGCUGGACUUGAGUACAUGGAGAAGUACGGUGCGGAAGCGCGUGAUUUUGCUGAGAUUGCGAGGAUCAGCCAUCUCCACUCGGCAAAGAACCCGUAUGCACAAUUCAGAGAUGUGUAUACGCUCGAGCAGAUUGAAAAGGCGCCGAUGAUCCACUUCCCAUUGACGAAACUGCAAUGCAGUCCUACUAGCGAUGGGGCUGGUGCUGCGGUGAUCGUUAGCCAGAAGUUCUUGGACGAGAGGCCACACUUGAAGAGCCAGGCCAUUCUCAUCGCGGGACAAUCUUUGAUGACAGAUUCGCCGCAGCUAUACUCAAAAUCAUCGAUGGAUCUCGUUGGCUACGACAUGACGAAGCGCGCUGCUCAAGCUGCACUCAAGGAGGCUGGCGUAAGCCCCAAAGACGUCAAAGUUGCAGAACUACAUGACUGCUUCUCGGCAAACGAACUCAUCCUGUUGGAAGGCCUUGGCUUCAGUGAGCCUGGCAAAGCACACAUGAUGGUUCGAAAUGGCGACAUUACAUACGGUGGCAAGGGCCCCAUCAUCAACCCCUCUGGAGGUUUGAUCAGCAAGGGCCAUCCUCUCGGUGCUACGGGCCUUGCGCAAUGUGCAGAGCUUACAUGGCAGCUCCGAGGUUGGGCUAACAACAGGCUUGCCGACAACGCGGAUGUGGCGCUCCAGCACAAUCUCGGCUUGGGCGGUGCCGUGGUCAUCAAUGUCUACAAGCGCGCUGACGGACAAAAGAACGUCAAGAUGAGCGAUGAAGACAUCAAGAAAGCCAGCCAGUUCGACUACAACCCAGCGACCGAAGCGCGAUAUGUAACGAAAGAGGAGGGCGAGAAGGUCAGGAGCAAGACUGUGAGGAAUGAGUAUGCGCUUGGAGACACUUUGGAGAAAAUUCAGAGUCGUUUGUAA